UUUACAUGGCCGUCCAUAUACGUCUACAUUAUCUUGUAUAUCAAUAUACUUAUUUGUGUUUUGAAAACAGCUUUUGUGGGCGAUUUAAAUGGUGAUUUAAAUGGUUUGGAUUAAAUUAACAUUUGAUUUUAUAAAAGCAUUUAAACUGACAUGAUGGUACUUAACCCGAUUAAUCAUCUGAGUGAGUGAGCGGAUAAUCGAGCAGGUAUAUAAUAUGUGGACGACACCAGGGCGGGCACAAAGGUGUCUGAGCGGACCCAGGGGAGGACCGGGAUCAAGUGAACCAAUCGUGAACCAGGGGGCAGCACUUCCGGGGGAAAUUACAUGCCAGCGGAACUAACUAGGGCGUCAGUAGGCAGCAUCGAGGUUCCAUAUAUUGCAGAAAACGAGAAAUGGAAGCAAGCCUUUGCGAAAAUACGGAUUAUGUUCUCCAUAAAAUAAAAUGGCAGAUUGAACACAAUGAUGGAAAACUAGCUGAUGCGGACCUUGCCAUUUUCACGGACAGUGUGUCUAAAGAUGAUAUAGUUGAUGUUCUUUUUGAUACAAUAAAACACCGCCGCCCGGACAUUCUGGCCAGGAUAUUACCUAGUGUGAACUGUGAGUUAAAACACACUUUAAGGUGCGGGAAAUCAGUGUUGGACAAACUAUUAUGUGUGUCGGUGGAAAACGGACAGCUAGAGCUGGUAAAAGUUCUAGUAAAUGCGGGGGCCGACCCGAGCGAGGAAUUUUACGGAAAACCGCUGCUACACUUGGCGGCAAUGGGCGGAUGUGUGGAAAUUGCGGGCGAGCUGAUGUCGGCAGGAGCGCGCGUGGACAGCACGGAUAAGAGGGGAGACACAGCGCUGCAUAAUGUCUUAGCAUCACAGUCGCCAGAUAAUUUGUCGAUGUGCAAGUGGCUGCUGAAGAAUGGUGUGUGUACGAGGAGAUACUCUUCUAGUGGUAAACAUCCGCUCCAUCUAGCCUCUACCUCCGCGCCGGAAGUCCUCGACCUGCUGCUUUCACGUGGCCAUGACGUCAACACCCCUGACACCAUCAACGGCGACACGCCCCUACACGUGGCUUGCAACAUGGCAAACUCCGAGACCAUCACCGUUCUCAUUAAACACGGGUGCAAGUUUAAUCAGGUCAACAAACAUAGACAAACCCCACUUGCAAAGCUACUCAGGCUUGCCAAAGACUUCAACGACUUUCACUCCAGGUCAAGAUUAAAACUUGGAGAGCAAUUGUAUAAAAUGGGUUUCAGAAUGUAUUGCCCAUUAUCUCCCAAUAUAUCACUGACUAAGUGGCAGAAGUCUUCCUCGCGCCAGGGACGAGACAAGGUGUACGACAAGUACCUCGAGAUGGUGCUUGGUGUCGCCGCCACGCCGUCUCUCCAGAGUACGUGUCGGGUGGCUGUGCGGGCUUCCCUGGCGUCUGGGGUCGGCUUCAAGAAGCAGGUAACCUCCCUGCAUAUUCCAACCCAUCUGAAACACUACCUGGAGUUCGAUGAACUGGACACAAGCCUUAAGUUAGGGUCCACGUAGUUAAGCCAUACAUGAUUUAGGAAAUAAACGCGGUGUUAUUUGAAAUAUUUAUAAAACUGUCGCCGUAUCCAAGAGUGUUUCGGGAGCUGGAAGGUUGUAAACGAUAAACGCUCACCUCCAAAUGAUACGUGCUUCACAGCUUCCGAAAAGACGUUGCCAUUAAAUUGAAUGUUACUAAAUGUGUGUAUUACCGGUUUCAGUAUUUCACUGCCAGUAGUAUUUAGUAUUUAUUUGUUUGUUCUAGUCACUUAUGUCUUGUGAGCAUAUAAUUGGUUUGUCUUUAUAUAUGAUAUACUACUUGUAUGAUAUAAAUACUGAUCACAUCACAUCAAUGGAUUGUCAAAAUAUGUGUCUCCAGUGAUACAAGAACAGCGUGUUUUAGGGACUGGAUAUUUAUAAUACUAGUGAAGACAACGUUAUGAAUAUUUAAGACGAACCAUCUACAGUCAACAGUCGAUUCAGAAAUAUAUAUCAAAAGCAUUUACUAGUGAGCUAGAGAACCCACUUUAAAAAUCCAUUUUAAGGUUUAAAAUCAAAGACUUCAAACAACGAAGCACUGUCGCGCAAUGUAGACAUAUAUAUUUCACUUUUGAUAAUCAAAGAUAUGAAAAAUAAUAAAUCAAUGCGUCAUAUUCUUUUGCACUCAGAAAAAAAAAGCUUGUUCAAUAACUCGGGCGGACCUUUUAGCUUCGCUCUAGUGUCUUUAUGACCUUAGUCGGCGCUUUCCAUUCAGUUUCCCUCUAUUGAACAUGCUCAUUAAGCACCACUUCACACGGUACAGGUGACUUUGAAAGAGAUAUUAGCGAUAUGAAUCAUAACACAUCGCUAUAUUAAAAU